ACUUUUGGCAAAGGUAAAGCUUCUCAAAGCCAUAACUUUGGCUUUCCCUUUUCUCCAGUGAGAAAUUUGUCAUCAUUUUAGGAUGAACGGCCUCCAACCUCCUCCGAUUCCGGCAGCCGGAUCCACCGGCGAUGUGGGUCUGGUUAGAACUUACAAGUCAUGGAAAGCCAACAAUAUAUUUUGUCUUCAGGGGAGGCUUAUAUUUGGACCUGAUGCACGGUCUCUUUUCCUCACUAUUUUCCUAAUUGUUGCUCCAAUUUCCGUUUUCUGUGUCUUUGUGGCAAGAAAGCUGCUGGAUGACUUUCCUGUUCACUAUGGAAUAUCGAUUAUGACCAUUGUUGUAGUUGUCACCUUAUGUGAUAUAAUUUUUCUUCUACUAACCUCAGGAAGAGAUCCUGGUAUAAUUCCACGAAAUUCUCACCCUCCAGAACUAGAAGAUUAUGAAGGAAGUAGUGAAGUUAGGGCUGGCCAAACUCCACCUCUACGCUUACCCCGCCAAAGGGAUGUGGUUGUCAAUGGCAUAACUGUGACGAUCAAGUACUGUGACACCUGCAUGCUGUAUAGACCUCCUAGAUGUUCUCACUGUUCAAUAUGCAACAACUGUGUGGAAAGGUUUGACCACCACUGCCCUUGGGUUGGUCAAUGUAUUGGACUGCGGAAUUACCGGUUCUUCUUCAUGUUUAUCUUCUGUACAACUCUUCUUUGCUUAUAUGUACAUGGUUUUUGCUGGGUGUAUAUCAAGAGAAUCAUGGAUAGCGAGCAGAGUACCAUCUGGAAAGCAAUGGCCAACACUCCUGCAUCCAUAGCGUUACUGGUCUAUACCUUCAUUUCAGUUUGGUUUGUUGGUGGUCUAACUGUCUUCCAUUCUUAUCUAAUCAGUACAAACCAGUCUACUUAUGAAAACUUUAGAUAUCGGUAUGAUGAUCGUUCAAAUCCAUAUAACAGAGGGGUGAUUAAGAACUUUAUGGAGAUAUUCUGCACUGGUAUUCCUCCAUCAAAGAACAAUUUCAGGGCAAAGGUUCCAAAGGAGCCCAUGGUUCCACCUAGAACAAUAAGUGCCUUUUUCAGUCCAAACAGGGGGAAAAUCGUUGGUGACAUAGAAAUGGGAAGGAAGCCAAUUUGGCUUGAGGCUGGAGGAGGGGCAAGUGACUAUGAAGGCCAACUCAGUGAUGAUGGCAUGGGAAAGGAUGAUGGUUUAGUUGAUGUAUCUCCUGAUUUAAGUAGAAUCCUUCCCCCAGAGGGGACAGAGGGGCGUGGUGUCUUGCUUCAGACUAAGCAAUAUAGUCGCGGAAGGACUAGUGAAAGAUGGGGAAUAUCACCUGAGAUUCUUCCUUUAUCCAGACUUGGCGAAUCAAAGCGAGUUAAUGAUGGUGGUGAUUGAACCCUGACAAAGGAGAUUCAAUGAUGUUAAACAGCUCUUCAAAAUGUAAAGGAAAUAUAUUUACUUAUAAAAAUGGGAUUGAAACGAGAGGGAGGAACGGAGAAGUGUUGUAGGUUUGAACUGAAUUUACUGGGGACUAAGGUGUGUUUUAGUGUGUGAGACAUAACUCUUUUUUUUUUUCCCCCUUUUUCUGGGAUACACGCUGCUGUAUUCCUCCCCAAAAACAUUUUUUGUGAGUUUUUCUACGAAUUUCCAGCCUAUUCAAUACAUUCAACUUCCUGUU